AUGCAGUGCCUCCCGUGCAUCGGCGGGUCCAAGCGCGCGCGGUCGCGCUCGUUAGACGUCGACCGCGACGACGAGAACGCCGGCGGGUUCGACGCCCUCGAAGACGUCCCGGGGACGCCGGGGACGUCCCCGCGUCCGCCGUCGUCCCCGGACGGACGGACGUCCCCGAGGGCGGGGAAGAUUUUCCCGCGCGCGAUGUCGUGGGGGUCGCUGUGGGGGAAGUCGCCGAAGAAAGGAAGACGCGCGGGGGACCGACCGCGGUCGGACGACGGCGACGAGGCGAUCGUCCUGGACGACAUGCUCCUGCAGACGCCGUCGCCGAAGAAGAAGCCGCCGCCGCCGCCGCCGCGGAAGGCAAAGGCGGCGCGCGCAGCAUCGGAAUAUUCCUCCGCAUCCGCGACCGCCGCCGCCGCCGCCGACGUCGACGCCGCGACCGCGGCGUCGCUCGCCCCGGAGCCGCCGCCGACGCCGUCGCGAUCUUCCGCGGACGACGACGACGACGCGACGAAAUCGACGUCGCGGCCGCCGACGCCGCCGGAAGAGGAGCGCGCCGGCGAAUCGAAAAAGGACGCGGCGAAGAGACGCAAAGCGCAGAAAAAAGAAGACGCGCGCGUCGCGAAAGCCGCCGCGAAGGAGGCGAAAAAAGCGAGCAGAGACGCGGAGAUCGAGACGCGCGAGCUGCGAAUGCGCGCGGCGAAAGAGCACGGCGAGCUCGCGCGCGUUCUGGAGGAGAGCAGGCGCGCGGCGAGGGCGUCGUUGCCGAUGCGAGGGAGAGCGGAUUCGGACGCGACCGCCGCGUGCGUGCUGGUCACGCCGCCGACGCGACGCCGCGGACCUCCGCGCGGCGCGAGGCGCGGCGACGGCGUGACGCGACAGCUGUCGGGCAGCAUGGGCGAGGAUGGAGAAAAAGUAGAAGCAGUAGAAGAAGAAGAAGAAGAAGAAGAAGAAGAAGAAGAAGAAGCCGCGACGACGAGCGCCGCGGUCGCGGGCACGGGGGAGUGGCUGAGGGUCGAACUGCGAGGGUCGGCGCGGGCGUCGGCGGCGGCCGCCGCGAGGGUUCGCGCGAUGGUGUUCUUCGCGUCGCUGGACCAGCGCGGCGCCGGCGGCGACCGCGCGUGCUCGAUGUGUUGCAUCGCGCUCGCGGAGUGGCUCGAGAAUAACCCAGGGCGGCUGCCGACGGAGUCGCUGGAUUUGAUGGACGAGGAGGAGGAGGAGGAGGAGGGGGAAGAGGGCGCCGGCGAAAACGAAAACGACGCCUCCGACGCGACGACGCCUCCGACGACGCCGAAGAAGAACAUCAUGGACACGAAACUCCGCGCCGAGCUCGCGAGCCUCGCGAUGCGAUCCCCGAAGCUCGCGAGCCUCGCGUUGCGAUCCAUCGAAGAGAACGCCGCGGCGACGCCGCGAUCGCCGACGACGCCAGUCAGGGACGCCCCCGCGCCGACGCUCGUGAUCGACGGCGUCAUCUCCGGCGCCGCGAGAGAGUGGCGCGCGCUGUGCGCGGACGACGCGUUGGCGAGGGCGUUCCCGGACAAGAACUUCGACCUGGACACCGCGGUUCGAUCGCACGCGCCGUUCGACGCGCGCGACGCCGCGCGCGCGGCGAGGGCGGGCAUCGCGGCGGCUCGGAGGGACGGGCACUGGACCAACGCGGACGUCGACUCGAGCGCGGUCGCGCCGCGGGCCCGCGCUUCCCUCCACCCGCGGCGCGUCGCGAUCGACCACGCGGAGAGCUUCGUCGGGUUCUUGCGACUCCCCGACGUCGAGCCCGGGGAGUGCCCGACGCUCGACGCGUUCGCGGAGGCGGCGCCGCCGCUGCGGGACAUCGUCGCUUCGCUCGCGGCGUCGGCGCGAGGCGGCGGCGGCGCCACGUUCGUGGUGUCGUGGAGCGACCACUUCUUCCUCGUGCGGUUCGUUCGCGAGCCGACGCGCGCGGGACCGCCGGGGUGGGACCGCGCGAUGCCGCCUGAGAUGAACGCGGCGGCGGCCGCGGGGGAAGAAGCGGGGGAAAAAGACGCGGCGGAUGAAGAAGACGCCGACGUCGUCGACACGGAGCUCGUCGUUUACGUCGUCGACAGCCUCGGCGAGCGCCUGUGCGAGGGGUGCAAACGCGGAUACGUCCUGCGAUUCGACGGCGAGUCCGGGUCUGGCGACGCCGCAGAGGCCGCGGCGACGUUCAUCGGAGAGAUUCUUCCGAGCCGACUGCUGGCGCAUCUCUCCGCGGAGGUGAAGGGGAAAGACGGAGGGGACGUCGCGCCCGAGCGACUCAUGCGCGCGUUGCAGAUCGAGUUUCACAGGGUGGUUCCCUCCUAG